UUUAGUUUAGUUCUGGCGGCGACGGUGUGCGGUACAUGCUGAAAGUCGCAAAAGUGUCGUCACCUCCUUUGUUCUGUUACACUUAGAUCGAUUGUGAAAACGAAAGUUUUGCGAAUAUUGUCAUCGUACGAAGUGAGCGGGCAAGGCUGUUCUGCGGUGUUUAUACAGAAGUCGUAAAGUAACGCGGGUCGCGCACGCUCGCGGCGUCUCCGACGGGAACGACUCGACUCGCAACGCACAGGAUAACAAGUUUUCGUCUCGACUUGGGCGCGAGCGAAUAGCGAAAUCCCGUUCCCAGUGUAAAUGAACGCCGACGAAUUCGUGUGGACGGGGGCAAGGCGCGGGGAGGCAGGCCGGCCUUUUGGCACGGUCGCAGUGGUCGGUGAGUCACACCUCGAAGCGAUGUAAACGAAAACAUGGACCUGCGAGUGGAAACCAGUAAGUGGAACCGCGGAUUUCUGUCGACGCUGAACAGAAGCCUGCGGUUGGGCAGUGGCAAGGCAAGGACCGCCACUGAUGCGCCAGCCGACGCCGCAGGUACCGAGCACACGCUGGACAUGCUAGCGACGGGUCUAAGCGCGACUAGUGAGGCGUCUGCUUUACGACCGCUGGAGAUAGUUGCGCCUCGCAUCGAUACCUAUCGCUUCUCCCUGGCUAACCUGGAGGACACGCAGGACGCCGACUUGGACGCCAUUCUGGGAGAACUCUGCGCCCUCGACACAGAGUACGACGACGAACUCACCAGGAUGUCCACAGAAUACACAUCGAUGCCGAAAGAGAGGGUGGAAGGUGAAGGGGUCGAGAGUGAGAGGGGGGCGAGGGCUGAGGGCGGCAAGGAGGGCGCCGAGGGAGCGGGCGAACCAAGGGCGGUCGCCAGGACUGACUCGCCCGACAAUGAUUCCGCAUUUAGUGACACCGUAUCAAUGUUGUCCAGUGAAUCUUCAGCUUCAAGCAGUAACAGUGCCAAAUGUAAAGCCUUGAAGUUAAACCAUCACCACAACCAGAAGAAGGCGGACAAGAUUAUGCUUGCAUUAGAGCGCAUGCGCGAAGCCAGUGUUAAGAAGCUCUUCAUCAAAGCUUUCUCCAGCGAUGGUUCCUCAAAGAGUUUGUUAGUAGAUGAGAAGAUGAACUGCGGCUGUGUCACCCGCCUCCUUGCAGACAAGAACCAUGUCACCAUGGAACCAAAGUGGGCCAUAGUUGAACAACUGCCCGAUCUUCAUAUGGAGCGUGUGUACGAAGAUCACGAGAUGCUUGUAGACAACCUUAUGCUCUGGACGCGAGAGUCGAAGAAUAAGAUUCUAUUUGCUGAGAGACCGGAGAAGAUAUCCCUAUUCCAGACUCCCGAGAAGUUUCUACUUAGUGAAGAUGACAAAGGUCGUUCCGUGGAACAUGAUGAUCACUCAAGGCAGGUGAUACUCGAAGAGUUCUUUGGGCAGAGUGGUGGGACAUCCACAACCUCGGUCUCAGGCAACCCUGUGCCCCAAAUGGAGGGGAUGCUCUACCUCAAGAGUGACACUAAGAAAGAAUGGAAGAAGUAUCGAUUCGUUCUACGACCAUCUGGUUUAUACUAUUCACCGAAGGACAAAGUGAAGACAUUAAAGGAAUUAGUUUGCUUAGCAACAUUUGAUACCAACGAGGUGUAUGUUGGAUUGAAUUGGAGGAAGAAAUACAAGGCACCGACUGAACAUUGCUUCGCCAUCAAGCAUCCUCGACUGCAGCAGCCUAAGAGUGUCAAAUUUAUAAAAUUCCUCUGCGCUGAUGAUGCGGGCACAUUGGAGCGAUGGCUGACCGCCAUGCGUAUAGCUAAGCAUGGCCGACAACUGCUGGAGAAUUAUCGCGCGCUGGUAGAAGAAUUGACCCAAGAUGAUCUAGACCAUUUGGCACAUGCGCGAUCUUGCUCCAUAUCCUCAAUCCCGACGAAAAGCGGAGUAAGCAGUACUGCGCAGUCGAGCGCCUCAAGCAAUGCUAGUGUUGCUAACUCCGACAUCAGCAGUGGACGGCAGUCGAGGGCGUCGUCUUCCAGCUCCAGCGGUUGUCUAUCAGAUGGGGGCACCGCUUCAGAGACUGCUUUCGAUUGCGAGUUCCCCAUGGGUACGAUAAAACGCAAGCCCUCGAUGAAGCCCAACAUCCCGCUGACGUGGAUGACGCGGCAGCUGAAGGAGAUGGCGGAGACGGGCGCGGCACCCGGAGAGGAAGGGCGCGGUGAUGGCGGUACGCUCACACGCCGCUCGCGCCCUCGUCCCCGCGACGACGCCACGCUUAAGCGACACCACACCGAGUCAAGCGAGAGUGCGGUAUACGGCACAACUGUCUUACGUCCGCCAGUACCCGCAGCCGCGCCCCUGCGCCCACCCUCCCCCACUUACGGUCACUACGAGACUAUCCCUAGGGAUAUGUAUCGCUCUAGUGCAGACACCUCGUCCUCGCUCUACGGCUACGCUCCGAUAUACGAUAAAGUUAUAAGACCUCCGAUGACGAAUGUGGACGACCUCCCCCCACCGCCGCCGGAGGAUGUGCCGGAUGGAAUGUUUAGCUCGACCCUCAGUCUCGACUCCCUGCCGCCGCCGCCCCCUCCGCUCGAUCCUAUCGAAGAUAUUUGCGGAUCCCAGCUAAGUCUGCCGCCGCCGCCACCGGAACACGCGAUGGAGGCGAACACCGGCAGAGUCCACGACAUCGUAAGCCAGCUCACAGCGCAGCAAAUUGAACAGGCGGCGAGAGCCGGCCAGUCUCGCCUGUCCAGGAACCCUGACCAAACCAGAUCUUUUCCGCGUCAACCCUCUCUCGAUAGUGUACAUUCGGAAGCUUCGAAAACAUCGUCCUUGCAUUCGGAUAAGAGCAUAUACGGCCAGACUGCCGCCUAUGGCGCCUGCCUCGUAGAGCUGCAGUCAAAGAAGCUCAGCAGCCCUUCUAUACAGAAGAAACUCGCCGAGCCUGGCAAGGAGCGCACUGGCUCCGUGAAGAAAGUUAACUUCGCCGAUGAUUUGCCGACGUGCUCAGACGGGAAGAAAACCAAAAAGAUCUCUUUCAAUCUCAAAGAACCCUCGCCAUCUUCUCCUAGAAAGCCUCUGCCGCCGAAACGCAACGAAAGCACGCGACUCUCAUCUCCCAAGAAACUUACAGAUUCUAACAGCAACCCUCCCAAAGAGUUUCUCAAAGAUCUCCAGCGAGUGAUGAGGAAGAAGUGGCAAGUCGCACAAAAGUGUAAACUGGAGCCGGCGACCACUCCCCACGAAGUUCUGGGUUUCAGAGAGUAUCCGUUAUCGGAAGACUAUAAGGAGACCAGCGUCUCGAUGUGGGUACAGGAGCAUUACGGAUCUGUCGAGGAGCCCUUCUACGAGAACAUGUACGACCGGGAGGCGCUGCCGCGUGAGGAGCCGAAGCCGGUCAAGAAGCGACCUCCGCCCGCACCGCCACGCCGGAGUGACUCCACACAUCUCUCCACGCACACGAUCUCCUCGGCCCAGCCGACUGUUUGAAUUGACUAAGUGCUGAUAAGUAAGUGAUGUUAUUUAGUGACUAGAUAGACUUCCAAAGACUUCGUUUCAUAAUAUUACUGUGUUAUUAUAAGUGGCAAUUCGCAUCGUCCGUUGAUUUGCGCGUCCGCAUUGUGUCAAGCGCAUGGACCGGACAUACCGAAGGCAGCAGACCGAGGGAGUGAAAACCUCUCUCGGAUUUAUUCAAUGCUCAGUUGAAUUUUAACAAUUUAAAUACGAAUGGGUGUGAACAGAAGCAGAACACAGUUCUGUGACGAGUUCGGAUUGCGACCAAAUCGUGUGUAACUUAUCGACGGGUAGUUAAGUGAGUACGGCGUGAAAUAACAUAAAUGGCGGUGCUACUAAGGAAAUGUAUACUAAAGAACAUAGGAUUGUUUUGGUGGGUCCACUGGCUUCGGAAGUUGCUCGAGCAUUCAUAUUAUU